UUGCAUCUACAGUCACCCUUGGGGUAUUUUAGGCACACAGAAGAUAGGCUGACUCACAGACAGCAACGCGGUUCAAAGAUGGACACCCCUGAAGCAGCCGAGAAUCCUGACAAUGAAUACAUGGCAAUGGAUGCUGACCAGUGGGAAGAGCCAGACGACACGUAUGAAAAUGGAGACAUUGAUAUUGAUAUACGACGGAGAGAUGGUCUACCUGCACCGGGAGGAGUCCCUGCUAAUAUGGGCCCCCAGCAAAGUAUUCAAACCCAAAACAGUGCAACCUCUCCAAGACUGCCUGUGCAUGACAGGUACAUGACGAUAAGAUGGCCACCGUUAAACGCAAACAGAGGAUCGGGGAAAUCACAGCAGCCCGAGCUCUUGCAGAAAAUCGUGUUGGGGCUGAUUUUGGUGUGCCUGCUGUUACUCAUGUUACUGAUCAUACUGGCUAUUUUCUAUGGAAUUCUAGGAGAAAAAAAUUCAAAGGUGACUGAAAAAUCAGAUAGACUAGAAGAUAAAAUCAAGAAACUGCAAGAAGAAAUGGAGAAGAGAAAAGUCUUUAAGACGAUCUACAGCAUUUCCAGCUCUACAGAAACUGACUGGGAAUCUGCGACGGUGCUGUAUGUCCUAAACCAUUACGUGCUUGAGAACCACAUGAAUAAGAAUUCAUUUACUCUUCACUACUCCAACUUGUAUAACGAAUCAUGUUACACAUGGAACUGCACAUGUUAAUUUGAAUAUUCCACCCUUCUGCAUGUAUGUAUGUACUGUAUAGAUUGUAUAUAUAAAAAAAAAAAAUCAGUGGCGAUUUCUCAUAGACAAGCUAAACCUCCCCCGUAAAUUUCGUAAAAUUAUUGGUAAUAUGCUUUGUCAACCUUUAUAAAUGACCUCCCCUCUGCUAUGGAGCAGCAGGACUCUGCCGUCAGCCUCUAUGAGAAAUCUCUGUUGAGGUUUGAGCCUCUGUCUGUUAAGGUAAACCGUGAGAAAGUAGAGACCUGAUUGGAUAACAAACCGAAAUACAUCACUUCCAGUGAAGCUAAACCUCUUAGAGCAGGUAUCCCCAAAGUCGGUCCUGGAGGGCCACCGUCCUGCAGCUGUGCUAAAGCAGAGAAACCUCUAAAACAUGCAGGACAGCGGCCCUCGAGGACCGACUUUGGGGAUGCCUGUCUUAGAGGGUCUAUGAAGCAGGGGCGGGUCAUGAAGCUGGAUGCUAGAUGCUCAUUGGCAAACAUACUUAAGGAUUUUUGACUGACAAUGGGCAGAUAGGGAAGAGUCGAGAGGGAAAAGCGAUCAGAAGACUCAUGCUGUGCUGAAGCUGAACUCUGGAGUUUAUUAUUAUAUUAUAUUUAUUAUUUCAGAGCUCUUCCCAGCAGCUAUUUGCACCCUUUGUUGUAAUCGGUUUUAUGUGUUUCAACAUUUGUUAAUGCAAUAUAUAAUGUUAGGAUUUAAUAAAAGUUUAAGGUUAUAAUUAAGUUUUUCUGAUAUAUAAACAUAAUCUUUUUAUAAUAUUACAUUUAUAUUAAUACUAUGAAAAACAUGUAAUCCUAUUAUUUGGAUAUUAGAAAAGUAUGGAAAAUAUAUCUGUUUACUAGAAGUUUUAAAGGGCUUGUGUGACUGAAUGUGAAACAUUUUUACUGAUUUGCUAUUUGUACUGUAGAUUAGCAACAGUUAAACAAGCAGGUUAAGUAGUCAGAUUACCUCUAAAGAAUGAAACUGCAGUCAGACCCUUAACAUCUAAUUGUAGCUUUGAUUGUUCCACACUCUGGAGGUCUUUGUUUUUUACUUACACAUUUGGAUAAAGACACAUUUAUCUUUCUUGUGUCCAAAUGCCAAAAAAUAAAACACAGGCUAAGCAAUGCAUUUAGUAGGGGAGGGGCAACAUUGUGUCUAACUCUACGUCUCAAAGAAAAACAAUCAUAUGACGUACAAAUGGAGAAGGAUUUAUUUUUGAAAUUCUAGCUAUUUAACACUUUUGUAUACUUUGGUACCAGUUAGUGGCUCAUGUCUCACUGGGGUGUACAGAAAUAUGCACAUGCUCAUGUAGCUAAACCAUGUAAAUAGUAAAUUUUACAGCGAAUAAAAAAAAAAGCAAAAAAAA